GACUUCCCGGAUACUCGUCGACCAUCACGCGAGGCUGUCGGACGUCCUGAGCGGUGGAAGCGGCUUCGAAAAUGGACAACGCCACGGCAAGCGGUUUGAAGGGGAUCGAGCGAAAUCAUAGUAACUAUGUGAUACCCGGACUCUAUGACCUCUCCACGGAGGACACCAACUGGGUGCUGACCUCGUCCUUUAUCAUUUUCACAAUGCAAACGGGAUUUGGCAUGCUGGAGUCUGGCUGUGUGUCAAUCAAGAACGAGGUCAACAUCAUGAUGAAGAACGUGAUCGAUAUUGUGCUUGGCGGAUUCACCUAUUGGCUCUUUGGCUAUGGCAUGAGCUUCGGCCGUGGGCCGCUCUCCAAUCCGUUCAUAGCUAUUGGAGACUUUCUUUUGGAUCCGCCCGUGGGCGAUGCCCUGAUGGGUCAGAUAUUUGCUGCCUUUCUUUUCCAGCUCUCGUUCGCCACCACGGCCACGACCAUUGUGAGUGGCGCGAUGGCAGAGCGUUGCAACUUUAAGGCCUACUGCCUGUUCUCGUUCCUCAAUACGGCUGUCUAUUGCAUUCCCGCUGGCUGGGUGUGGGGCGAGCAUGGAUUCCUCAAUAAACUGGGCGCCGUGGAUAUUGCCGGCAGCGGACCCGUGCAUUUGAUUGGCGGUGCAUCGGCCUUUGCCUCAGCCGCUAUGCUGGGUCCGCGUUUGGGCCGCUACUCCGAGGGCUAUGAUCCUCUGCCGCUGGGCAAUCCAGUCAACGCCUGCAUGGGCUUGUUUGUGCUCUGGUGGGGAUGGCUAGCGUUCAAUUCGGGCAGCACUUACGGCGUUAGCGGAGCGAAGUGGCAGUAUGCAGCGCGAGCGGCCGUAAUGACGAUGAUGGGCUCCUUUGGCGGCGGCUUCACUAGCUCCAUAUUCUCCUUUUGGCGGCACGACGGUGGGAUGGACAUUAUGGAUCUCAUCAAUGGAGUGCUCGGCUCGCUGGUGUCCAUCACGGCCGGUUGCUUCUUGUAUCGCGCCUGGGAGGCCUUGGUAAUUGGAGCGAUCGGUUCGUUGCUCUGUGUGCUGGCUAUGCCCCUGUUCGAUCGCUUGGGCGUGGACGAUCCGGUGGGUGCCAGUGCUGUGCAUGGCGUCUGCGGAAUCUGGGGUGUUAUCGCCGUGGGACUGUUUGCCGACAAUCCCAUACCUCUAGACACGACCAACGGUCGCAUGGGUCUGUUCAAGGGCGGUGGCUGGUACUUGCUCGGUAUUCAGACCCUUUCUGCUCUUUGUCUGGCAUCUUGGGGCAUUUGUUCAACGUUUCUGCUCCUCUAUGUGAUCAACAAGAUCAUACCAAUACGCAUGGAUCCGCACGAGGAGCUGCUGGGCGCCGAUCUCACCGAGCACCGUAUACGUCACAGUCAAAUUGGUCUGUCGCGUGCCAUCUCCGCCCUAGCGCCCAUUCAAGUGGAUCUCAAGAAUAUAGCUGGGGUCCAGCCAAUCGGCAUUAAUCCUGGCCACGAGCGCAGCAUCGACCAACUACGUGCGGCCGAGGACAAGCUGCAUCAGUGGCAAUCCUACCUGGAGCAGGUGAGCAAUCCGCGGAUAACCCGACAUAAAUUGGUCGCUGAUUCGGACAUCACCUUCAAACCUAAAACGCCGAGCAAGCCUCCGGGAAAUGUCUUCAGCCGCAGACCACUCACCAGAGAGCUCAUCAGCGAUGGCUUCUAUCGUCCCAACAACAGCGAGUUACCUGUGAUUGGAGCUACUAUAUCCAAUAAGCUGGACAAAGAUCCAAACUUUGCUUGGGUUGAUUAGUCAGAUGUUAGAAUGUUCCCCUCCCCCAAAUAGGAAACCAAGUACACGCUCUUUUAGAGUAAACCUUUGAAUGUGUUGAGUAAAUCUCAUGCUCAAACUUGCAAUAAAAUAUAGUAAAAGUAUGGCCUUUCAUUUGAUUUUUAGAUCGCUGCCAUACAGGUACAAUGCACCUGAAGAUUCAUUUAUUUAUUUAUAUAAAGCAAGCUGAGAGCAAUAGCUGCUUAGGCCUACCUAAAGAUAUGUCUACUAUACAACCUGGCAAAUGUACAAACCCAACGACACUCAGAAGAUUAUAAAUAUGCCCUGCUUUUAUCUACUAAACCACCUGGCCCGCGUCUGUUUUAAUAUGCAUACAACAGGUCAUUAGCCAGAUAUGAUAGUGGCAGCAGAACAAAUAUUGAUCCAACGUACAGUGGGACAAAUCAUCAAUCUUACAGGAAUAAUAAGAAUAAAUACAAUUGGGUAUAAAUGUUUUUGCAAUUCUCAAAUUAAUUUAUUGAAUUCAAGUAUAAGCAAAUAAAUUGUUUGUUUGGUGAUCGAUCGAUGAUAAUAAUAUAAUAUAUAUUAUUUAUGCAGCUCUGUGUGGAUAGUUGGGUUCCUUUAUGAGAAGUGUGGUAAUUAUUAAAUGAUCCUCAAAGAAGCAGUCGUCUUAUUUUGGUUUGAUAUUAAUCGAAUUUCCAAUUUAGAGUCCAGAUUUAAAUAACUCUUGUAGUGUUUUGUUGUUUUUUA